AUGGCGCUUCCCAGAAAAUUCUUCCUUUGUUUUUGCUGCUUUGCCUUGUUCUGUUUUCCUGUUAGCUGUGGUUCUCAGGCUUCUAGAAGAGAAGCUCACUUUGCAACUAGUGCUGUGUUGGAAUCUGAGGCUGAGCCUUGGUCCUUGCUGCGGCCUCCAGAUGAGAGACACAGAUCUGGCCUCCCUUCCCCCCUCUUCAAUGUUCUGUAUGAUGGGCAUGGGGGGUUGCCCAGGCUGCAGCCAGACUCCAGAGCUUUGCGCUACAUGAAGAGGCUGUAUAAAACAUAUGCUACCAAGGAGGGGAUCCCCAAAGCCAACAGAAGUCACCUCUACAACACUGUCCGGCUCUUCACACCCUGUGCCCAGCAUAAGCAGGCUCCUGGGGACCAGGUGACAGGAACCCUUCCAUCAGGGGACCUGCGGUUUAACCUGGAUCGUGUUACUGCUGUUGAACAUUUACUCAAGUCAGUCUUGUUAUACACGUGGAACAACUCCAUUUCUUUUCCCUCCCCUGUUAAAUGUGAGUGCAGCCUGGUGGUAAAAGAACCAGAGCUUUCUAACAAGACUCUGCCUAAAGCUCCAUACUCAUUUACCUUGAACUCACCAUUCACAUUUCAAAAGAAACAUAAAUGGAUUGAGAUUGAUGUGACGGCCAUCCUUCAGCCCCUAGUGGUCUCCAACAAGAGAGAGAUUCACAUGUCCAUCGACUUUACGUGUGUGAAAGACCAGCUCCAGCAUCUUUCAGCACAGGAAAGUCCAUGUAACAUGACUCUUCUGGCAGCCCCCUCACUGCUUUUAUAUCUGAACGACACAAGCACACAGGCCUAUCACAGGUGGUAUUCCCUCCCCUGGAAAAGGAGGCCUUCCCAGGGUCCUGACCAGAAAAGAGGGCUGUCUGAGGGUGUACCAUCCUCUCGUCACCGGAGAGCUCAGGACACUGUAAGCUCUGAAUUGAAGAAGCCUCUGGUUCCAGCUUCAUUCAAUCUGAGUGAAUACUUCAAACAGUUUCUUUUUCCCCAAAACGAGUGUGAACUCCACGACUUUAGACUGAGCUUCAGUCAGCUGAAGUGGGACAACUGGAUUGUGGCCCCACACAAAUACAACCCUCGCUACUGUAAAGGGGACUGUCCCCGGGCGGUCGGGCACCGGUAUGGCUCUCCGGUUCACACCAUGGUGCAGAACAUCAUCCACGAGAAGCUCGACUCGUCAGUGCCGCGACCAUCCUGCGUACCUGCCAAGUACAGCCCUUUGAGUGUGUUGGCCAUUGAGCCCGAUGGCUCCAUUGCUUAUAAAGAAUACGAAGACAUGAUCGCAACAAAGUGCACGUGUCGUUAA